AUGGGUUCGAGGUUUACAUUCUCAGAUAUGAAAAAUCCUUUGUUCCUUCAUCUAUCUGAUGGACCUCUUUCCAUCAGUGUGACUAAGUUACAAGGUGCAGCUGACUACAGAGCAUGGAGGAGGUCAUUUGAGAUACAACUCUCAUCCAAAAGAAAGCUCGGAUUUGUCAAUGGCACUGUGAUAAGCAGCAAUGAGGAAGAAGUCAAUGCAACUCAUUGGGAUACCUGCAAUGAUCUGGUAACUUGCUGGCUUCAUGCUAAUGUAUCUGAUUCUAUCAAAAAUUCUAUCUUGUUUAUUAAAAAUGCACAUGAAGCAUGGAAACUGUUAGAAAAAAAGUUUAUGCUUUCAAAUGGCUCUAGAAAAUAUAAGUUAAACAAAGACUUGUUUAAUCUGAAACAAAAUGGUAGAAACUUGGAUGAAUAUUAUAUUGUGAUGAGCAGCCUGUGGGAUGAAAUUGAGUCAAUGAACAUGCUUCCCAUUCUCACAACUAUUGCACAAGAUGUAUCAGCGGUAAUGAAAGCUAUUGAAACUCAAAAGCAGGAAGCAAAACUGUUUCAGUUCUUAAAUGGUCUUGAUGACAUUUAUAGUCCACAAAGAAGUAAGUUGUUAAUGCAAUCACCCUUACCAUCUGUUGAGUCUGCUUGUGUUGUGAUACAACAAGAAGAAACUCAAAGAGAUAUGCUUGUUCACAAUGGUGGUCUGGAUGGUGACACCUCUGCCAUGUACAACAAGGGUGGAGUGAACAUAGAAAGAACAGGUAGAUGCACUGCUUGUUGGAUCAAAGGACACAAUAGUGAAAGAUGUUGGACUGUUGUUGGAUAUCCAAAAUGGCACUACAAAUACAACAAGAAAGUUGGAGGCAAAACUGAAAAUAGAAGUCAGUCCACUGGAAAGUGGUCAGGUAACAAGCGAAGUAGUUCAAGUGGGAUGAAAUCUGCUAACUCUGCUCAAGGGAUGAAUGAGAAAGAUGAUGAGAUUGUGUUCUCAAGCCAGCAGUUGGAAAAAUUAGUCAAACUCAUACCCUCAAGUGCAGUGUCAGCACUCAAUGCCAUGAAACACUCAGACACUGAUGAUGAAUUGGACAAUGUCUUCUCUGGCAUGAUAACUUGUUUGAAUGCAAGGUGUGAUGAGUGGAUAAUGGAAUCUUGUGUAUCUAACCACAUGAUAGGAACUUUAAACAUGCUGACAAAUGUGAGAAAAGCACCAUCUAACCUGACAAUUAAUUUGCCAACUGGUGCAAGUGCAAUGAUAACUCACAAUAGAGACAUCACUCUUCCUAAUGGUCUUGAAAUGACAAAUGUAUUGUAUGUGCCUCGUUCAAACACAAUUUGA